AUGGUCUGCCGGGAUUCGGAGGUCCGUCUACCGGAAUCCGUAGAGAUGAUGAUCGAAAGAAUUUGCCUUGAAAGAGAGCAGCCACCGCUCUGGAAUGACGCUAGACAGAUGCUGGCUAUGAUUGGGGAGCAAGCUUCUAUUAAAGUACUCACUACCAUUUUGUUUUCUAAUAAACCAAUCAAGACCUUCGGUGGAUAUGUCCGUUGGCUGGUUCUGAAUAACCCCUCAAUUGUCGGCCAAAAACUCGAUGGUGAUACUUUGGAGGACUCAGUUUCAAGUCUGUCAAUGGAUUCUCCCUCAUCAAGUCACUAUAGGACUGCCCAUCGAAAUAUCAGCUGCCAGCCAUCAUUCGAAGAUGUGAGUCGAGGAAAGAUGAACUCUGAAACACAAGGAAAGAUGAGCUUUAGCCCCAAUACUCAAUCUCCGUUUGCUUGUGAAUUUAGAGAGACAACAUGGUCGGGGGCAAUUAGUCAGCAGCUCACGAUCCUCGACAAGCUGGAAUUCAGGAAGUUAUUUUUACUUCUAAGCUACAUCGGGAAGGAAAAGUUGGAAGCUGUUGUCACUUUAGCUGGUGCUGAAAAUAUUUAUGCCAUGAAAGACCUUCCCAUGAAAGAUUUCGAGACUAAAAUAUGGGACACGUAUGGUCAGAGAUUUUAUGCUGAAUCAGAUCGUAGUGAGUAUUUUGCGUGGGAUUCAGGAAAAACCCAUCUUUACUACUGUCAUGUUUGUGAAGACGGAAGUUAUUAUUUCAAGGGACCUUAUCUAAAUAGUACAAGAACUCACCUGCAAAGGUCAUUGGGAGAUGAUAACAUAUUGAUAGUUAAGUUUCCAAAACAAUGGCAAUCUGUCAUAGGCAAUAUCAUGAACGAAGGAAUUCUUGUUGGUCUGAGGCGCUAUCGGUUUUUUGUGUUCAAAGAUGAGCGCAAGAAAGUGAAGAAAAACAAAGCGGUGGUGGACAAAAAUACUUACUCUGCUGUCAAGUGCUACUUUGUCCGUAUUGACCCUGCAUCUCAAAAUGAUGCGGACAAACAUUAUAUUUUAUCUGGAAAAACAAUUCGUGAAGCAAGGUGUCUGUUCAUGCACAUACACACACUUUCAACCAUAGAAAAGUACAUGGCCAGAUUAUCGCUGAUCCUCUCAAAGACAAUAAAGUUGGAAAUCAAUUUUGCUGCUGUUAAAGUAGAAAUAAUUGAGGAUAUCCCAUUUAGAGAUGAGAAAGGCUCUAUCAUCCAUGACGAAGAUGGGAAGCCUAUUUUACACACGGACGGAACAGGCUUUAUCUCAGAAGACCUGGCAAUGAAGUGCCCAAAAGAUUUUUCUGCUGCGAAGUAUUUAAGAGAUAGCAGUUUUGAGUUUGUCGACUUUGAGCAAAUAGCCAGUCAAAAGAGGGAAGCUGACAACAGGAAUAAGGAGCUGCCUUUACUGAUGCAAUGCCGUUUAUUUUAUAACGGUUAUGCUGUUAAGGGGACUCUUCUCGUCAAUAAAAAGCUUGAAGCAGGAACAAUUCAGAUUAGACCUUCCAUGAUUAAGGUUGAAAAGGACGAGACACUGCCAGCGACUGGAUCUUUUAACUCACUGGAGAUUGUUAACAUUAGUCGUAGACCGAGCAGAAAUUAUCUCUCAAAAUAUUUGAUUGCCCUUCUAAGCUAUGGAGGGGUUCCUCAAGAAUUCUUUUUGAAUUUGCUGAUGAACGCUUUGGAGGAGACUCGAAAUGUGUACUCCAAUAGGCGUGCAGCAAUUAGAGUUGCUUCCAACCAUGAUGGACUAGAUUCCGGUUUUGUGGCUCAAAGAAUGAUAUCUUGUGGGGUACCUCUUAAUGAACCGUACCUCCAACAUUGUUUGUCAAAUCUGGAAUGUGGGGAGAAGACUAAACUUAGAGAAGGAAAGAUACCAGUUGCUGAGAGCUUUUAUCUGAUGGGGACAGCUGAUCCUACAGGGGUAUUAAAUAAUGAUGAAGUUUGUGUUAUACUUGACAAUGGUCCAAUCUCAGGGUCGGUAUUAGUCUAUAGGAAUCCUGGAAUGCAUUUUGGAGAUGUACACAUUAUGAAGGCUGUGUAUGUGAAGAAAUUAGAGGAGUUCAUUGGAAACGCCAAAUAUGGUAUUUUCUUUUCCACCAAAGGCUGCAGACAAGCAGCAUAUGAGAUGGCAACUGGUGAUUUUGAUGGAGACAUGUACUGGGUUUCGAGAAAUCCAGAGCUAUUGAAAUAUUUUAGAGCACAUGAACCAUGGCAUCGUGUCUACCCUGUUCCCCAUUCAGAAAAGAAAAAUCCACAGGACUUCAGCAUGGCAACAGCAGCUGAUAGCUGGCUUGCAUAUAUGGACAGACUGUUGACACUGGGUGAUGAUCGUGCCACUGAAAAGGAGUUGUUGAAGACAAAGAUGAUUCAGUUGGUCGACAUCUAUUAUGAUGCACUAGAUGCACCAAAGAGUGGGAAAAAGGUCCCUGUACCGGACGGGUUGAAAGUUGAGUUGUUUCCCCAUCACAUGGAACGGGACCCAGACAUUAGCUAUGAAUCAGGCUCUGUCUUGGGUCAAAUAUACAAAAGGGUAAAAGAAUUUAAAGCAGACACUGCUCAGGAAAACGGAAUCUGGAAACUUCCAUGCCUUGAUGUGCCAGUUCCAGAGAGAUACCUCGACAUGUGGAGAGCCAGAUAUGAAAACUAUCGCAAAGAGAUGUCCAAAGCUCUAAAAUCGAGUGAGGAGUCAAAGAAUUAUGCUGCCAACGAGGUGAUCAACAAGUACAAGCAGUUGUUGUACGAGGCUUCAGAUAUGGAAGAAAGUCAAAAGGACAGUAGUGUGAUCUAUGAUGAAGCCAUUGCUAUAUAUAAUGUGACUUAUGACUAUGCAAUGAGCCAUGGUGUCAAGAAAUGCGGCUUUGCAUGGAGGGUUGCUGGGUCUGCACUUUGUAGCCUGUGUGCAUGGCAGUUAGGUGGUCCAAAGGAAAGACCAGUCGUAAUACUACCAUCCGUUCUUCGUGAUUUAUUGAACUAA